AUGAGAUCACUAUAUCUAAUUUUUUGUUUCCUGCUCUCCUUCGCUGUAGCAGAUGUUGGUCUUUUUCAGCCUGCAGCUAAUGCUCAAUUUCAACCUGAUUCAAAUGGUCAAGUGUCUAUAGAAAUUUCCUGGAUAGAUAAUUUAGCUUAUCCUUAUAUGAGCAAUUUUACUUCUUUUACUUUCACUUUAAAUAAUGGUAAUAAUACCGAUAUUUUAAAAGUAAAAACUUUAGAUGAUAAAAUCACACCAGAUCAAUUAACGGUUAAGAGUGAAGGUAGGUUCCCUAAGUAUUCUUACACAGUUACCUUCGAUAAAUCCAUUACUGGUAAUGGUCAAUUUUUUAUUCAAGUAUAUGGUCUUGUUCCAGGUCAAGGUAAUACUAUCCAUUAUACACAUAGAUUUUACCUAGCAGGGAUGUCAGGUGUUAAUACUGUUACCUACAUCGGUACUACCGAGCCAAUUCCUCAAACAUCUAUUGUAACGAUGACUACCUCAGUUGCUACCAUUAAUUCAGCAUCCUUUACUGUACCUUACGCCCAACAAACUGGUAUAUCAAGAUUUGCACCUAUGCAGACUCCUCCAGUCUCUAAGGUUACUGCAACUUCGUGGUCCAGAAGAUUUGCUACUAGUGCAGUUACCUACUUUACAACUGCUAUCCAUUCCUUACAGCAAGAAACUACAAUUACUGAAGGUUGGAGUGGAGUUUUUACUUCCGACUACAAUUAUGCAACUCCAGCUGAUUUCCCUUCAAACAAUGGUGGUUGGUACGCUCCUUCUUCCAGACUAUCUUUAUCAGCAAGAAAGGUCAAUUAUAGAAAAGUUUAG